AUGAAAGAAUCAAUACUCUUUCUACACGCUGCUACGGGGUGUGAUACAACUAGUGCUAUAUUUAAUAUUGGUAAAUUGAAGCUGUUCAGGCGCUUGCAACAAGAUGAGGCACUACGUCUGCGAGUUGGAGUGUUCAACUCACCAAACGCCACACCAGACGACAUUGCCACUGCUGGAGAGAUGUUCAUUAUGUCUCUGUAUCCAGGGAAAACCUCGGAUGAUCUUGGAAAGAGAAGGUUCCAGAUGUAUGUGAAAAUCAAUUCUCGGCUCCUUGCCAACAAGAAAUUUGAUCUGGCCCAGCUGCCUCCCACAUCAUCGUCAAGUAGAGAGCACUCAUUACGAGUCUAUCUUCAGGUCCAGGAAUGGUUAGGAAAUCCUCUACCGCCCACUGAUUGGGGAUUCGAGAAGGACGAAGAGGGUCACUUACGCCCAGUGACCAACCGAAGUAAGCCGGCUCCAGACCGCCUUCUCGAAAUGGUAUCUUGUAACUGCACACAUGGGUGUGAAUCCAAAAAAUGUUCGUGCAGAAGGCACAAGAUGGUGUGUUCGAACAUCUGCGGGUACUGCGCGGGGCAUGGAUGUAGUAAUACGUUAAGAGAAGAGGACGAGGACAACGUCGACCAUCCGGACAAAGACCUCGAGCCGAUCCCGUGUACUGAAACUGAUGUGGAACUCAGCCUCGCUUGAAGACUCUAGCUCGCGAAGUAAUAAAAACUAUUUGUAUUACUAUUUACAAUUAGAUGAAACCAUCAUCCUUAUUAUUCACUCGA